UCCAAUUCUCUUUCAAUUCUAGAGUUUAGAGCGUAUGCUUUCGUGAACAAUCGGAAGGAGACUGUUCCUUAUAAAACACAUUCCUUGCUCUAUGGUCCGAUUUAAACCUAAAUUUACAAGAGAACAAGACCUCUGUAGGUGGCAACACAGAAAAUCGCGUCCCGUCCUGUCAUGCCUGUGUGGAAUCUGCUGAUUCUUAAUUCAUCAAGGAGACUUCUAGAAGAGAGAAGUCCUGUUGUCUGACAAUACCGACUGCAAAGCGCUUUCUGUUGUGAAAUCUUGUGAGUUGGAUCCAAUCACUGCCAGACAUCAGGAAGAUGAACAUCCAGCCUGUGUGAUGAUGCUCACAUAAUCCCCAGCAUGCCGUAAAGACCUACUCUCAGGCUGGUAGUCUACACUAACACAACGGACUGCAUACCGGCAGGGGGCAAGACUGACAACCAAGUCCUGUGUGGAAACAGCUGAUUCUUUAAUCAGUCGAGGAGAGACAUCAAGAAGAACAAAUUAGAGAGCCCACCUCUCGUCUGUCAACACCAUUCAAGCGCUUUCUGUUUCCAGUCGCCUCCAUCCAUCAGGAAGAUUACUAUCCAGCCCCUGUGAUGAUGCUCAAAUAAUCCUCGGCAUGCCGUAAAGACCUACUCCCAGACGGGUAGUCUACACUUACACAACUGACUGCAUUCUGGUGAGAAAGUGUUCAUGAAAUCCAAGAUCAAGCCAUUUUUUUUUGGACAAGUUCUGAGAAGACAUAAAAGGGAUUCCACUGGCCCAAAAACAUUUGUUUGCGAGACCUGUGUCCAGCCUUUUCUCAUCAAAUUCACCUAAGCAUGCACAAUGGGGACCAAACUCUUGAGAAAACAUUUCCUUGUGACACAUGUGGUGAGGCCUUUUCUCAACAGAGUCACCUGAAAGUACAUAUCAGGGUCCACAACGGUGAGAGACCAUUUGAUUGUGACACCUGUGGUAAAGCCUUCAAAUUCCAAAGUGGACUAAAUAGACAUGAGAUGAUACACCUUGGCGAGAAACCUUUUGUUUGUGAGACCUGUGGUCUAUCAUUUUGUCGGAGGAUAAGUCUAAGGGAACACACGAGAGUUCACACUGGUGAGAAACCAUUUGUUUGUGACACAUGUGGUAAAGCCUUUUCUUUGCGAGGUAAUUUGAACAAACAUCACCUGGUGCACACUGGUGAGAAACCCUUUGCUUGUGAGACAUGUGGUAGAGCCUUCUCUCAGCGAAGUGGCCUUCAGUCACAUAUCAGGAUCCACACUGGUGAGAAACCGUUCGUUUGUCAGACCUGUGGUCAAGCAUUUUCCCACAGCAAUCGUCUGAGUACGCAUAAGAGGGUUCACACUGGUGAGAAACCAUUUGUUUGUGCAAUCUGUGGUGAAGGCUUCUCACAUCAAAAAGGUCUAAACAUACAUGACAGGAUUCACACUGGUAAGAAACCAUGUGUCUGUGACACCUGUGGUAAAGCCUUUAAAUUUCAUAGUCAACUAAACAUACAUUAUAGGAUACACACUGGUGAGAAACCAUUUGUUUGUGAGACCUGUGGUCGAGCAUUUGCUCGUAGGUAUAAUCUAGUUGAGCACAAGAGAGUUCACACUGGUGAGAAACCAUUUGUUUGUGACACCUGUGGUAAAGCGUUUGCUACUCACACUUGUAUACGCAGACAUGACAGGGUACACACUGGCGAGACACCAUUUGUUUGUGAGACCUGUGGUAAAGCCUUCUCUCAGCGAGAUGAUCUUCAAACACAUAUCAGGGUCCACACUGGUGAGAAACCAUUUGUCUGUAAGACCUGUGGUAGAGCCUAUUCUCACCGAAGUAGUCUUAAAAAACAUACCAAGGUCCACACUGGUGGUCUAAGCAGACAGGAAUUGAUCCACACUGUUGAUGAGAAACCAUUUGUUUGUGAGAUCUGUGGUGAAGCCAUUGCGUGUCAAAGUGAACUCUACAGACAUAUAGAAGGACACAUGGGUGUGACACCAUGAGACCUGUGGUAAAGCCUUUUCUGUGCGAGACUCUCCAAGCCAACAUAAAAUGGUGCCACUGGUAAGAAACAAUUUUCUUUAUGAGACCUGUGGUAUUGCCUUUAGAUAUCAAUGUGAAUUAUGUAAGCACAACAGGGUACAUAAGCAUAACAGGGUACACACUUAUUGCAAACCAUUUUUGUGAGAGCUGCACUACAGCCUUCUCUUAAAGUCAUCCAAACAUACAUGAAAGGGCACACGCUAGUGAGAAUCCAAUUGUUUUGUGAGACCUGCGAUUAAGCCUCAAGUCGAAGUAAUCUAUGCAAACAUUGCAAGGUACACACUGUUGGUGAACCAUUUGCUUAUGUGGUAAAGCCUUUCUUUAUUUGGCAAAGUGGCCACGGAAACACGACAGGAUGCACCCUAUUCACGAACCGUCCAUUUAAAUUGGUAGGACCCAAAACUUAUAAUCUAUCACCGUUCAAAAGCAAUGUCUGUUUUCUCUAUACUUUCCUUUUUAGAUCAGUUAAAUACUGAUCUUUGCCUUCAGAAUUUUGUUAAGACGUUUAUACAUUUUUUUAGUUGUUUGCUCAUUUUGUUAGCAAAUGAGCCCCUUGGUCUGUAGGAUCUACAUGACCCUUGACCUUUAUGUGGGUUUGCAACCUUUAGACAAAUUGUAUAAAAUGUUAUGUAUGGGAUUUUGAUGUUAUGUGUUAAUUUGCAUGCUACAACUCAUGCCAAAAGCUAAAAUUUGUAAAGGUUAUUAUAAGAUGCAUGGUUUCAGACAAUUGUACUAAAGAAUAUAUGUUGACCUGUUCUUAUUAUGAGAUUAGCUUGAGUAACUCCAGCUCCAAUGCUCAUCAGGAAUUCAACAUAAUAAAGAGCUGGAGCUAAAACUAUGUUGUAGAAACUAGAUUCUAAGAGUCCCUAAAAAUUGGGACUCUCUGUAACUGUAUCACAAAAAUGGUUCUUUUUACCCUUAAAUAUAUUUACCCAGUUUCAAUUAAACAUGUCUUUAUAAUGUUUAAUGGAAUCUGGGUUGGGAUAAUAGAGGGGAAAGGACCAUUUUUGUGAUCCAGAUACAGAGAGUCCCGAUUUUGGGACUCUUAGAAUCUAGUAUAGUUUUAGCUCCAGCUCUAUAUGUCGAAUUCCUGAUGAGCAUUGGAGCUGGAGAUACUCAAGGUAUUAUGAAAUUAGCUAUUAUUGAACUUUUUUAAAGGAAUGCAGUUUUGUUAUUCAGUUCUUGUUGGGUUGACUGCUUCCCACCUCUUUAUCAGAAUCAUAUCGUUCGUAUAUACAUGUUUGUACAUGUACUUUCUUUUGCUGGAUUCAUGUUUACCAAGCAUGCAUUCACAAAUGGGAUAACCCGGCGUCGGGUCUGGAGGAAACAUAUUAGGGAUACGUUCCCAAGCCUAAUACAGUGAAAUCUCAAUAAGUCGAACCUCAAGGGAACAAUGGUUCAAAAUUCGACUUAAGCAGAGUUCGAGUUAGGGUUGUAUAUCAUUGUUAUACUACUGAAGGGAAUGGAUUCUUUGUUUGACUUAACAGUUGUUUUGAGUUAUCAGAGUUUACAUACUUUAUGAAAUGAGUUUUGUAACGAUACAGGUUGCAGUGCAAUUAAAGAGACUUUAUAAAGGGUGGUUUUAGGAUGAAGUCAUUGGAAUAAUGAACAUAACUCAUUGCAGAUGAAGUCAUUGGAAUAAUGAACAUAACUCAUUGCAGACAGUUGAAAUGUGCUUUUCCAUAUAUUACUCACACCAAUACUGACCUCUGUAUAAAGGAUAUGCAUUGUCUAUUGUUUAAUUUUUGCCCCAUCUUUAGCUCGUAUGCCACGCAUGAAGAUUUGUUUUAGAAUGUUUCUUUUAGACGAAUUCAAUAAAAAGUUGAUAAAGUGUGCUGUUCAAAA